UACGCGGAGUGAGCAUUGCGCGGACGGCUGUCCCCGAAAGCGCACGCAAGUACCGUUCUUACACAAUUUAUGAAGCGAAUGUGAGACGUCGCGGUUCCAUAAGUCACAGUUUUUAAACCAGUUUAGAGGAGCCGUAGUUUAAUCGAUGUUCCUUAUAAUUUAUUCUGACGUGUAGUUUUAUCGUGUAUCAAGAUAUGUUGGUGAAUUUAUUUAGUAGAACAUAAUAAUCAUGAUGAACGGAUUAAAAGCGAUUUUUAGAUUUUUGGUGCUCAUCAUCACGUGUUUGACCUUCACUGGCGGUUUAGAAGAAGGCAGUCGAGUGAAGCGGGUACGAGCUGAGAGUUCAGGCGUGCGGGACCCGGCACAGGCGCUCGAUGCCCCGGAGCCCGACACUGUUGUUCCCGCGCCACCAUCAUUCCUCAUACCCUCAGUCAAAGAAUAUUUGGAACUUGGCAUGGCUAUACCCGGAAAACCAGGGACGGAUUAUCCAAUUCUCGGCGCAGUGCCUUACACAAAUUUCUACUGCGACGAGCAGUCCUACCCCGGCUUCUUCGCUGACAUGGAAACCCGCUGCCAAGCGUGGCACUACUGUGAUAUCGACGGUCGCCAAGCUUCGUUCCUCUGCCCCAAUGGCACUGUGUUCUCGCAGGCCGUGGCCUCCUGCGACUGGUGGUUCAACGUCCGGUGCGCGCUCUCCCCUGCUCUGUACCCACUCAACGCAAGACUAUACCGACGAAAGAGGAAACAAUCCCGUCCCAAACCUCAUAGAAUAAUUGACAAGAAAUUAGUCGAUGAGAUUUUCUUGUAAAUAUUUGUAAGUUAGAUUAAGUUUUUAUUGAUUUGGAAAUUUUCUGUCUUAUGUUAAAUAUUGGUCAUUUUUGAAACUGUAAAAUAAAUGCCCAAGAAUAUUCCUCAUUAAAUUAAUCUAAAUAGAAAAUGCCUACAAAAAAGUUGCUUUCUUAGUGACUUGCUAAAUUACAAGUACUUGAAUAAUUUCUGACAUAUAUUUGUGUUUAAACGUUCCACAACUUAUAUAGCUAACCGUUGGUUUCUGAGACUAAAACCUCUGUAUAGAACAUAUAAUCAUCACUGUCUUUCACCUUUGACAAAACAGAGAUAGCAGUAUAUGUUUUAAACAGGGAUUUCGGUCUCAGAAACCCGCGGCAAUUUUGUUUCCUAAAAACCUGUUAAAAAUAUUUUGUUUGGUCAUCUUUUUUGCAGCCGCAAAAGUGUGUAUUAAUAUAUUAUAUAAUAUGUAUUUGAUAAUAGAAAUAGGGAUAAUUGUAAUUUAAACAUUUCGUUUAGUUACUACAAGAUAAACAAUGUGAUAUAUUUGUCUAUAUCAAUAACAUAAAUUUACUGCUAAGUUCAUCAAUAGUUUUCUAAGUUAUAAGUAAGUAUAGUUGUCUUAAUAUAAGGGAAAAAUUACAGUGCAUUUUCCAUUGGGCGUUAACAACUCAAACUGAAAACAAUUUUUGUACAAUGAUUUUACUUAUUUUGAUAUUUUAUAACAUAAUUUCUCAAAGUACAUUUAAACACUUAUAUUAUUUCUAAUUAUGGAUACAAAAAGAAUCAUACAUUCCGUACGCUUGGUACCAAAUAUUUUAACGAAAUGACAAAUAAAUCAGCGCCAAGAAUAUAUUAUAAAUCAGCGCCUUCAUAAAAACUGAAUAACAUGACAAAACAAACUGAAAUGAACACAAACAGCAUUAUAUGCAAAGAAAUUGUAAACAUGUGAUACUUGUCAUUACUGUUUCAAUUCGUGGAAAUUAAUGUGUUUGAAGUAAGAUAUUUGUGUUAAUUAUUCUAUUAAGAAUAUUGAUGGAUAAGCUAAGAUAAUAGUUGAUAGUGUUGCGUAGUAUUAAAAUAAAAAAAUAUGUUGUA